UUUCUCUCCUCCCGAUUAUUACAAGAUUCUGCAGGUGGAGCGCUUUGCACACAUCAAUACAAUCAAGAAACAGUACAAGAAAUUGGCUUUGACACUGCAUCCGGAUAAGAACCCGUUUGCGGCAUCUGAAGAGGCGUUUAAGUUGGUUGCUGAGGCGGUUCGGGUUUUGUCAGAUAAAAUUAGGAGGACAGAAUUUGAUAUGAGGCUUAGGAUUGCGAUGCAGACAGAGGCAGGUGAAGGAGCUGAGAGAAUAGAAGAAACGUUUUGGACGGCGUGCUCGACUUGUAGGUUGUUGCAUCAGUUUGAGAAGAAGUAUUUGGGGCAUAAUUUGAUGUGUCCUCGGUGUAAGAAGAGCUUUAAGGCUGUGGAGGUCCAGGAGAAUUCCGAAAAUGAAGAAAAUGUAGGUGUGGAAGAGAAUGGAGCCACGCCAACCAGAAUUAGUGUUAGGAUCAGGGAGAGGGUUAAGAAAGGUGGGAAACUAGGUGAUUUGGAGAAAGGUGGUUUUGGGGGGAAGAAAAUUAGUGGUGUUGCAGAGUCGUUGGAGAGGUCAGGGCAGAAAGUAAAGAAAAAUGUGGGUGGAAAUGGUGUGUUGGCCAUUAAUUUGAGGUCAAAGAGAGGGGGGAAGGUCAGAAAUAUUGGUGGAAGGGGUACUCGUGGGAAUGGUGGACUGACGUUGAAAAGAGUAGAAAAGGUGGGAAAUUUGGAAAAGAAUGGGGAUUCGAGUAAUAGUGAUGGUGUUUUAAUUAAGGAAUUAAGGUCGACGAUAGUAGGGGGGAAGGUAAGAGAUAAGGGUGAGGAGAUGAGAAGCAUUGAGGUUGAAGCAGUAGAAAGUGAAAGGGCCAAGAGAGCAAAGACUCGGGAAGAAGAAAUGAUGACUUUAGCUCAAAUGCAAAUGUUGGUGAAGAAGAAGGCAGAUGUGGAGAAGUUGAAGUUGGAUGAUGUUAAGGAAAGACCAGAUGUGGAGGAGGAGAAGUUGAAGGUGAAAGAAAAGGAACGAGAAAAGGAGAAGUUGAUUUUGAAGGAGAAGAAUGGACAAAAGGAAAAAGAGAAGGUAAAUGAAAUGGUGAACGUAAGCAAGAAGAGGGCGAGAAGCAGGAUUUCGAAGGAAAACUGUUUGGAUAUUAUGAAAAUAAGAGCUUUAGAGAGUACUGUGGAUUUAGACAUUGAGGGGAUUAGCGCAUCGAAAAAGGUAGAUUUGGAGAUAAUGCACGUGGAAGAUUCAGAUUUCUAUGAUUUUGACAAGGAUAGAAGAGGGAGGAGCUUUAAGAAAGGACAAGUGUGGGCGGUAUACGAUGAUGACGAUGGAAUGCCAAGGCAUUAUGCACUGGUUGAUGAAAUUGUUUCUGUGAAUCCAUUUGAGGUGACAAUAAGUUGGUUAGACUUUCAAAAUAAUGGUAAUGAGGUGUGGACUGGUUCAGUGAAAACGGGAUUCCAUGUUUCAUGUGGGAGGUUUAAGGUCUCUAGGAAGACUUCAGUUAAGUAUCUCAACAUGUUUUCUCAUGCUGUGGACUGUGAAAGAGCGGCCAGAGAACUGUAUAGGAUUUAUCCAAAGAAGGGCUCAGUUUGGGCGCUCUAUAAUGAAAACACAUUAAAUGCUGAAGGAAUGAACCAAGGGGUUAUGGAUAAGCCAUGUUUCGAUAUUGUUGUGUGCUUAACUAGUUUCAGCGACGUUUAUGGCUUGAGUAUUGGUUACCUUGAGAAGGUUCAUGGGUUCAGGACAAUCUUUAAGAGAAGAGAAGUUGGGGCUACUGCUAUUAAAUUGCUAGAAAAAGAUGAUAUUAAGCUAUUUUCACAUCAAAUUCCUGCAAGAAAACUUUCUGGAGAUGAGGCUUCAGGCCUUCCUAAGGAUUGUUGGGAACUGGAUCCGGCUUCACUUCAAUCUCAGUUGCUUAAUGGCUGUACUUAGUCGAAUCUAGCUGGUGAACAAGAAAUAGGACGCUUGCAGUGAAAUGUGAAUGUACAAUUCUUUCUUUUGUUGCUCUGUAUAUGACCUGCAUUGUGUACUGAACUGCUAGAUGAUAUAUUAAAGAAGAGUGUGUGUGAAAUACAAGCAGGGAGCGUGUAUAUGCUGCAAAAACGUGGAUUGGUUCCCCUUAUUUUGUCGGAGUCCUUGAUUAGAAAAACUCAUCUUGCCACAGUUGAACCUUUUGGGUGUGAUGCUGGAGCAUAAAUAAUUUUUCAAUGGGACAAAUAAAAAUACCAUUUGUUAGUAUCAAUGUUUAUAUGUAUAAUGAAUCAUUGAAUUAAAUUGAGUUCAUAGAGUUCUGUGUGCUGGACGUGUCUUAGAAGUGAACUUCAAUAUCUAGAUAUUUGUAUUUGGGGAAGUGUUUGCUCCGCAGUGUCAACCUAGAGAGGUACGCCUGUAACUUUAUUUUGGGGAAAAUCAACUCAAAAGGAUCAGAUUUUGGAAGAAAAGGAAGUACUUGAUAGGGUCUUAAGAGUUUACUUCUUUUUAUCAAUCAACUGUAUAGCUUGGUUGCAUUGUGGUAAGCGAGUAGCAAUGCCAAGUGGAGUCAAUUCCUUCUCUUGUUGGAUGAUUCUUUUCCUCUGUUUUUGCUUCUAUCUCUUCUUCCUCUGAGUACAUCAAAUUUGGUAUCG